UAAUUGAUAAACUUUGUGGGACGAACUUCCUUUCAGUUAAUUAUUUUGGCGUGAUUAACCUGUCAAAUUAAGAAAAACGAAAGCUUUUCCAAUUUCUAGCGAUUGUACAUGCGUUUGAAUCAAGAUUUACGACCGUUAAUGACUUACCCAUGUGAAUUCUCAUCCCGAAUGUCGACAAAAAAACAAGUUUUACGUCGCGACUUGGCCCACCCACCAGCUAUGGUUGCCAUUCACGUUCUGGUUAAUUUUUCUUUUUUUUUUCUCUUUUGCUGAUAGUUUCUGUCCCGGUCUACUGUUUAUGGCAUUUGCUUCUUCGGUUCUUAUCGGAUUAUUCGUGAUCACAUGCCGAUCAUGUCAUCGACCUGUUGUAAUCACGUAAAUAUAAGUAUCUUUAUCAGAUUUGAGAUGGUACUGGUUUUUAUAUUCAGAUCUAUCUUGUGAUGCGAAUAAACAGAGGAAUCCAUUGAUGAGAUAACGAGGAAAAAGAAAAAGUUGUGUGUGUGUGGAAAAAGAAAAAAAGAGAAGGAAAAUGAAAAACCCAUCUUGGGUUUGUACGUUGGCCGUACAGCUAACUCUCUGUUUAGCCCUCUAUGGUGCUCUCCGCUUGGGUCAGCCCCAGAAGUUGAUUUGCCAGGUCGGAGUUGGAUCUUUUAAUGUUUACUUCAUUAGUGUUACAGGAGGUUUUAGAGCUUCAAGACAACAGACCCGUCUACUCAAACUGAUGGAGAAUGUGGCAAAAGCUUAUAAAGCAGAGUUUGUGUUGGACAUUACUGAGCUUGGGGAAGAUGAUCCACUCAUGCAGAAUGCUACCGAGCUAUUUCGAUCACUGGAAAUUCCCUGGUUUGCUACCAGAGCUUCAAAACGACGAGAAGCUGGCUACUUUAUAGAGCAGAUCGAACUGCCUUCUGGGAAUUCCCUGGACAUUAUCGGUAUUGAUACUGGCAAACUACUGGACUCAACACUAAUGGAAUCAUCCAGAGGCACCAAUAACAGUCAGUUAAACUGGCUAACGAGGACCCUAGGGGCAACCGAUGCUAACUGGCGUGUGGUUGUUGGAUUCGACCCAUUGUUUUCCUGCAAACACAAUGCAGAGCAAACUAGAGGAAAUCAAGUAAAUCAACUUCAUCAGAUUUUUCUGAAAUUUGGAGUGAAUGCAUAUCUAAGCAAGCAAGGUUGCACCAACUACGCGCGUCUAUUUGAUUUCCUCAGAGAAAUGGCAAAUGGGUUCCUUCUCCACAGAGUCAGCUCAUUAGAGAUUGUCACUCAUUUUGUGAACUCAGAUGGGGAAGUCAUGUGCAGAACUAGAGUUCAACAAAGAGGAAGAGAGGUUAUGUGAGAUUUCCUCAUAAAAAUUUGUAACCCAAUUUUCAUUUUAGUCAAAUUAUAAAUGCCAAUCUACUCAUUA